UCAUGUGACCCAUAAUGAGCAUAUCCUAGCUUAUAAAUACACAACAAGAGAUGGCCAACUACUAAACUUGGACCAAACUCAAAGCCCACGCAAUCCAUCAAAUAACAUGGCCAUCACUAGUUAUGACACAACCACUAGAGCCCUGAACUGGGACAUGACCGUCGAGGAGUUCAAGGAGUGGAUAAAGAAGUUUGACAUAAAUGGGGACGGACGAAUCAGCAAGGCGGAGCUCCGGCGAGUCAUCCGCAGCCUCGGUGGGCGUUUCAGUAGCUGGAAGAGCCGACGAUGGAUCCAGCAAGCGGACUCAGACGGGGAUGGUUAUAUUGAAGAGGAUGAGAUUGAUAAUCUGGUAGAGUACGCUCAAAAGACCCUUGGGUUGAAGAUUGUUGCGUAUUAGUUUCUGCUUAUGUAAGUUGAUCGUUUUGUGCUUUUAUGUGGUUGCUUGUAUCUAAAAUCUGCGUUUGGUGCACUUGUUUGAGGUUUCGCUUUAUAAAUCAUGCAAGCUGUGUUUCAAAAUUGUUCUCGAGUUUUUAAAUAUUUACGUAUACAAUUGUACUCGUGCGUGUAUAUUCCGAAAGCUAGUGGCAAGGUAAAUCAGACAAGGACAAAUAAUUUAACA